UCAAUUUCCCCCUUGAAAUUAAUUUUUCAAAUUCAAUUUUGAUGAAUUCUUAAUUUGUGUAAAGAAGAAAAAGGAAAUACUAAUCGGAAAUGUUUCCACAGUUCGGAGCGACGGCGGAGACGUUGAGCAAGGCAUCGACGAUGGUGUUCCGGAUCGGAACCGAUGCUCACCUCUACGACGAUCCGGAUGACGUCAGCAUAGCUCCGCUUUUAGAUAGUAAAUUCGAUUCGGAGAAGUGUGAGGCUCUCAAGCGACUCCUCGCUCUCAUCGCUCAAGGCUUCGACGUCUCCAAUUACUUCCCUCAGGUUGUUAAAAACGUGGCAUCUCAAUCUUUGGAAGUAAAGAAACUUGUUUAUUUGUAUCUACUGCAUUAUGCUGAAAAGCGUCCCAACGAAGCAUUGUUGUCAAUUAAUUGUUUCCAGAAGGAUUUGGGGGACCCUAAUCCCUUGGUGAGAGCAUGGGCACUUCGCACCAUGGCUGGAAUUAAACUUCAUGUUAUUGCACCUCUUGUUCUGGUGGCUGUGGGCAAGUGUGCUAGAGAUCCAUCUGUCUAUGUUAGAAAAUGUGCAGCUAGUGCUCUUCCAAAAGUACAUGAUUUGCGCCUAGAGGAACAUACCUCGGCAAUUGAAGAGAUUGUUGGGAUGUUGUUAAAUGACCGCUCCCCUGCCGUGGUUGGUGCUGCUGCUGCUGCAUUUGCUUGUGUUUGUCCAUAUAAUUUAUCUUUGGUCGGGAGGAAUUAUAGAAAGUUAUGUGAGAUUCUUCCUGAUGUGGAAGAGUGGGGUCAGAUAGUCUUGAUUGGAAUUCUUUUACGCUAUGUUAUUGCAAGGCAUGGGCUAGUGAAAGAAUCCAUUAUGUAUUCUCUGCAAUGUACUGAGAGCUCACAUUCUGCAAAAGAUGGUUCAGAUGUUGACUCUGGACUAGUAAAGGAAUCCACUGACUUGAGUGGGACAUGUGAUUCUGAAUUUGUAAACACAGUUUCCAGGUGCUAUAUGGAGGGUCCGGAUGAAUAUUUAUCUAGGUCAAGUUAUGCCAACAGGGAGUCUUUUGAAUUAAAUGGUGCACAAUUUACAUCUGGAAAAAGUAAUGAUGAUGUCAAGAUCCUGCUUUAUUCUACAUCUCCCCUGUUAUGGAGUAACAACAGUGCUGUGGUACUAGCAGCUGCUGGUGUACACUGGGUUAUGGCACCAAAGGAGGAUGUUAAGAGAAUCAUUAAACCAAUCUUGUAUUUGCUGAGAUCCUCUAAUGCCUCAAAAUAUGUGGUUCUACGCAACAUUCAAGUGUUUGCUAAAGCAAUACCUUCUCUCUUUGCUCCAUACUUUGAGGACUUCUUCAUUUUCUCUUCUGAAUCAUAUCAAAUCAAAGCCUUGAAGCUUGAGAUACUUUCUUACAUUGCUACAGAUUCGUCCAUUUCUUCUAUUUUCAAAGAGUUUCAGGAUUAUAUUAGAGAUCCAGACAGGCGAUUCGCUGCUGAUACAGUUGCUGCAAUUGGUCUAUGUGUGCAACGGCUUCCAAAAAUGGCACAUAUAUGUGUAGAUGGGCUGUUGGCUCUGACUAGACAGGAGUUCGUGACUGAAGAUUUUGGGUUUGAAGAUCAAGAAGCGGGUAUUUUGACUCAGGUUAUUAUGUCUAUAAAAUCAAUCAUAAAGCAAGACCCACCAAGUCAUGAGAAGGUUAUAAUUCAGUUGGUCCGCCGUUUGGAUUCAGUCAAGGUGCCUGCAGCUCGUGCAAUGAUUAUUUGGAUGGUUGGAGAAUAUAGCUCUUUGGGUGAGAUAAUUCCUAGGAUGUUAACCACGGUGCUGAAGUAUCUUGCAUGGGGUUUUCCUUCAGAAGCACCAGAAACAAAGCUUCAAAUUCUUAACACAGUGUGUAAGGUUCUAGAAGGUGCAACAGGAGACGAUCUGUGGACAUUUAAGAAAAUAUUCAGCUAUUUGAUUGAAUUGGCUGAAUGUGAUUUGAACUAUGAUCUUCGUGACCGAGCUCGUUUAUUGAAGAAACUUCCAUCAUGCAACUUAGUCUCUCUAGGACUGGAGGAAGAAACAAAUGAUCUUCCUGAAAACGACCUUCUGCAUAUAGUUGCUGAGUGCAUAUUAGGAAGACAAACAAGAAAAGUGAAACCUGAAUCAUUUAGUUACCGGUAUUAUCUACCUGGGUCUCUCUCGCAGAUAGUUCUUCAUGCAGCUCCAGGGUAUGAGCCUCUCCCAAAGCCUUGUAGUUUGCUCCUUGAUGACCUCAAUGUGGCUGAAGGAACGAGUGAAAUGAAAAGGGCGGCUGAUUACAGUGGGACAGAUGAUUAUGGCUCAUCAUCAGAUCCUUCAGAUGAGGAAAGUGCUUCUGAUUAUGGUUCUCAGCGCUCAGUCACUGAAUCUAGUGGCAGUGACCGUGGUGAUGACAGUGAAUUUACUAGUGAAGGAAAUUAUAAUGCAGAUCCAUUGAUUCAGAUUUCAGACAUCGGCAAUGCUUCUGAAAAUCAGAAUGGAGUUUCUCAGUCUUCUCCUGCUAAUCUGGGGGAAUUGAUGUCGAAUAAAGCUCUGGAGUCAUGGUUGGACGAACAGCCUGGUUCAUCGAACCCAGGCCUGCCAAAACAAAGUCAAGUCUGUAUAUCAUCAGCAAGAAUAUCUGUUGGGGAUGUUGGAAAGCGGGUUAAACAAAAAAGUUAUUCACUGUUAGACCCUGCAAGUGGAAAUGGUUUGAAGGUGGAUUAUUCUUUUUCAUCAGAAAUAUCAAGUAUAUCCCGUCUACUUGUAUGCAUAGAAGUUUUCUUUAAGAACUGUUCAUCAGAGAUUAUAUCAGAAAUAACCUUGGUUGAUGAGGAAUCUAACAGAGCCUUCGAUUCUGCUGACAAGACUGCUGUUGUAAAUGAGAGCUCUUUGACAUCCUCUGAUGAUGUGCCAACACUAGUUCCGAUGGAGUCGAUUGUUUCUUUAGAACCUGGUCAGACGACAAGAAGGAUUCUUCAAGUUCGCUUUCAUCACCAUCUAUUGCCUUUGAAGCUAGCUUUAUAUUGUGAUGGGAAGAAGCUUCCAAUUAAGUUGCGGCCUGAUAUUGGAUAUUUUGUAAAACCCUUACCAAUGGACGUUGAAGUCUUCAUCGAUAAAGAAUCUCGUCUCCCAGGGAUGUUUGAAUAUGCAAGGAGUUGCACUUUCACUGACCACAUUGUGGAGCUAAACAAGGAGAAUGGGGAUAGCUUGUUAGUCAAAGACAAAUUUCUUGCAAUUUGUGAGAGCUUAGCACUAAAAAUGCUUAGCAAUGCAAAUCUUUGUCUCGUAUCUGUCGAUAUGCCCAUUGCUACUAACCUAGACGAUGCAUCGGGUUUGCGCUUACGGUUUAGCUCUGAAAUCUUGAGUAGUUCGAUUCCUUGUUUAAUUACCCUUGGUGUUGAAGGUAAGUGCACUGAUCCAUUAAACUUAUCCGUUAAAGUAAACUGUGAAGAAACUGUUUUCGGCCUAAAUCUGUUGAACAGAAUAGCAAAUUUCUUAGUUGAGCCUGCCCUUUCUUAAAAUCAUUUUUGGUGGUUUUGGUUGAAAUUGACGACCUUGUCAAUGUUUGAAGAGUAAUCAGAUUAUGAUUGAGUGCUAGAUAUGGUUGAAUUUAGGGUUUUUUUUUUUUUGCUUUUAAGUUUUAUUAUGUAUUAAAAGAUCCUUGAAAGAUCAUAUGAUCAUACUCUUUCCAAUGAGGGUUGAAUACGAACAGUUAAAA